UACUAAUCUAACUAAUAGCGCUGAAAUUUUUAACAUGUCAACUUGAACUUAAUGACACUUGAUGACUUAACCUAUAUUUUUCAAAUUUUGGAAAUUAUUUCAAUGGAGGAGAAUCCAAAGACAGAUAGCUUAAAAACUGAUGAGCCUGAUAAAGGAAAUUUCAACUUCAUUCUAGAAAAUGGCCUAUGGCACCCAAACCCCACGGAUAUUUUAGCUGUGUUUGAGAAGCUACAACAGGCUAAUGGCGGGCCCCUGCCAUUGAUUUGGAAGUGCCCUGGGCGACGAGCACCAGAGAAAAAUGUAACUCAGGAGGACCAGUCCAGCGAUAGAGUUGAUAGACGUGAAGCUGAUAGUAAAGAGGAAAAACUGAGAGCCCCUGAAGUGAGUGCUUUUGAUUUUGAUGAAUUUGGAGCAGAUAUGAACUCUAAGCUGACACCAAGAACUACACCAGGUCUAACCCGCACUCCCCGCACAGAAAAAAGAGUUGCCAAGAUGGACAAUAUCAUGGACUCUUUGUUCAAACAGCACCUGCAGCGGACAGCAGAGAAGGAAGCCAAAAGGAAAGCCUCAGGGACUCCAACUGGCAGGUCCAGACCUUUCAUGUCUCAGAGACCUAAAGCAACUGUCUCAAGACAGCUGAAUGCUUUGGGUGGUGAUGUAUCAGAGAGUCCAGCCAACACUUCAGCCAGUGAUGUUGCACUGAACAAAGGGGCAUCAGCCAAUGAUGUUGCACUGAACAAAGGGGCAUCAGCCAAUGAUGUUCCUCUGAACAAAGGGGCAUCAGCCAGUGAUGUUGCACUAAACAAAGGGGCAUCAGCCAGUGAUGGUGUACUAAAUAAUGAGCCAUCAAAUGCUGUGACAUCCACAGAUAUAAAGAUGGCAUCCAAUGUCAGCUGUGUGACAUCCUCUUCACGAUCUUCCCCUACUCAACUGGCUACCACUGUGGUGACAUUGGAUGCUGGUGACACGACUGCCCUACCCACUGGUGACACAAACACCACCCCAUUGACUGAUAACACAAGCAGUUGUCUACCAUCUACUGGUGACAUAACCAGCAUACCACUUUCAACAGGUGACACAAAAAAUACCCCACAACCAAGUGGUGACACAAACAAUGCUGUACCACCAACUGGUGAUGUAAAAUCUGCUUCACCACCAAGUGGUGACUCAAAUUCUGCCCUGCCACUAACAGAGGCUGCUACAUCAGUACCUCAGAGUGUAGCCUCCACAUCACCCCCACCUUCUCAAUGUACUGCCACUGUCAGUCACAGUACUGUCACUGUCAGUCACAUUACUGCCAGUGGUUCCAGCACAAACAUGUCACCUGACACCUGUCCACAAUCCUCUAGCUCACCUGUGCAGGCAACAGUGAGCCCAGGUGAGCAUGGUGCCACUGCUCUAGGCACUGAGCCCAAAGCUCAGGAGCUGGUUACAAAUCAAUCAGUGGCAGCAAUCAGCCUCUCCCCUGAUCAAGUCAGCCAGGAACCUGCCUUUUCCAAGUUGAACUUGACAGAAACAGCAUCAGCUGAGAGAAUGGAAGAAGGCUAGGAGCAGCACAAUAGCUGGAAGCCAGAGGAAACCUAGGCCACACUGGUGCUGAGAGAAGCAAAUGGUGCCAUCAUAGCAACAGCAACUAGAGAAGGUUUAUUCAGGUGUGGCUGGCAUCUGUUCAAAUUCUAAAUUGAUCUAAGGAAAUGUGCUGGAGUCUGGGUCAAAGUUCAUAGACUGCCACUCAAUACUUUAUUUUCCUCUAGCUCACAUGGUUAAUAUGGUUUACCAGUGAACCAAUUGAUAUGAUUUGAAUUAAAGUAUCCUACUUAGUUCAUCAAAUCCAAAAGCAAGCCAUAAAUUGGAAUAAUUGAUAUUAAAUUUUAUUCUUGGUGUUGAACACAAUAAAAAGAAUAUAUAAAGAUU